CAACCUUCAAAAGCGUCUGUUUUAAUCGGUUAGUUGUACCGUAAUUGAGUUUUUAACGAUAACAAUACUCAAAUUCUGCUGCUUUUCACACUUUUAGGAGAGGAGCAAGUGUUCGCUAGCCAACAGUUGUCCGAAAGACGUUAAAAAAAAAUAAAAGUUGUAGUUUGGAAGUAGGGGUGUACAGUUCCGGUUGUCUUACCGGGGGCCAGGCGGACCAGAGUCGGCAGACGGAACUUGCUGACCACCGCGUCCAACGGCAGCGCUAACGGGCUCCAGGAGAUCUCCGACAGGCUCGCCGACAACUUCUCCAUCCUGCCGGGGUCAUCACUGUGCCGGAGAGGAGGCGGGGGGCGAGGACGAUGGCGGCGGCGGCGUGUGUGGUGGUGACGAAAACACCUGGCUGGCCUGGCAUGUUGGACUGGUUCAAGCAAAGUAGAAACACAAAACAAGCAUAAUCAGCCCGUGGGAGGUGAGGAGAGCAGUCAGCAUCAACGGUGUUCACGCUCAGGAACCAUUUUUGGUCUGUAAAGGAAUGACCACCUGAAGACCCUGAAGCAUUUCUAAAGGCCCAGCAGCACCUACUGAGGGCCCCCAGAGCUGCUGGAGUCUGCAGGGGACUCCACAGACCCAGAGAAACUUGCAUCCCUGACUGAUCCCCAACUUAAAAGGGCGACGAAGUGCCACAGGCGGAGCUGAGAUUCGCUGUGAAAAACGAGAGACGACCUAAAAACAGGAAAUUCAAGACGGCAGACAACCAAAAAGAGGUUGGAAGGAGACUCUACAGCCAUUCCAACCUUGUCUCAGUGCAGGGCCUUAAAAUCUGAGCUUCUAUUGCGACAAAAACACUGGACUUGCUACAUCGAAACUAAGACACAGCAGUCUCACCAGUGCGUCUGAGCCAAAGAAAGCACUGCUUUCUUGAGUAAGCUGCAAUGUACUGAACCCACCUGCCACUCAUCUGCCAUGGACAACCUCAAGCAUGUGUGUUCCUGCUCCGGGAGUUGCAACAAGGAGGAGUUUCUCCAGUUGCUGCAAAACUGCCGCCACAAUCUGACAUCUCUACAGGACUGGAUGUCAAAAUGCUCUGCCACACAGGCUUUGAGAAAAGAAAUAACAAACAUAGACAAAGGCCUUGCGCAACUUGCCAAGGACACAAUCUGUGCCAGUUGCACAUGGGAACCCCUGGCAGAUCUGCACCAGCAAGUCAGUCCACGCCAAAGCCACAAGAUGGCGCCAGAUCCUAGCGGACAGUUUAAACAACUCCGCUGUGCAAUCAAGGACUGUGAUGCAAGCUUGAAAAUAUUGUCCUCAAAAGCUUCAGACCUGCAGAAGGCUGCAGAGUCCAGCACACAAGAGGUGCUUUCAGCAGAUGUCACCCUGACUAUCCAAGCAAUAAACAAAGACCUUCACAGGCUGAGGUCCAUUUCUCAGCAAAAGAAUCGUGUUGACAACAUGACUGAUGCGGUGAAAAAGGUCAGGAGCCAAACAGUUCAACCAAAACCAUCGUCAGCACACCAGGAGCAAGAAGUGCUGAGCUUUGGACCUGUAGUUGAACAUCCAGACACAGUGAAGAUAAUAACCCAUACAGAGACACUUGGUAAGGAUGUCAAAACAACCCCAAAGAUGGUGUUAACAGCUUUGGUGGACAGGGAGCAUACUGCUGAAGAAGAUGUGGAUGGAGCAGAGAGUCAACAUAUGAGCAUAAUCCCACAGAGAAAACAUGAAUCCGACCAACUCAAUCAUUCUGAAUCAAGCCUGUCUGCAGAAACCUCCUCAGGCUUUUUAAACACUGAAUCGUGUCCGUCCAAAACCACACUACCAGAACACCCGGAAACCUGUAAAAAGACACACGCUGCACCCUCAGGGUCACGUUACCUCCUCCCAGACACAUUUCCGGACGCCAAACAAGCAGACAUUACAGAUAAAAGUCACCCUGAGGCGCAAAGGCGCCGAAAUAGGCAUUUGAUUCCAAAGAGAUGGACUGAUUACACGAUGGCUGACAUCAGGGACUUACUGUCAUCAUCGGAGGACACUGAGGCGAAGCAAUUGGGAAAAAACAUGGAGCCUGAGAGGUCUGCCCAGCAAGAGAGGACAUGUGACUCACCCGGACAGACGUCGUAUAAACACAGAUCUACCAUGCGGGACGUUUUGUCUCAGAUCCAGGGCAUGGUGGAAAGAAGCAACAUUUUAAAUAGGACAAUACACAUGGGUUUAGAUUGGUGCCUUCAGUCGUCUCCCAGUGAAGCCGAGAUCAGAUUGGUCAGGACAGUCCAAAAGGUUCUACUAUGCCGAUAUCAUCCAGCACAGUUGGAUAUCUCCGCCAUGGCCAAACAACUGGAGGAGGCAGAGGACUACCAGCGUUGCGUGCUGCACCAAGUUGCCGCCAUCAAAAGUGCAAGUUUAUCUCAACUUUGUGGUCCAAAUGCCCUGAAAAGACUGGAAGCCCAAUGGAGUACGGCGCUUCUGGACGCCUCUGCCACAGUGCAGGUCAAAGCAGCCCAGCUGGAUCGGGUCAGACAGUAUCACACACAGCUGAAGAAAAUCAAAGCUUUCCUGAAGGUUGUAGCGGCCCAGAAGAACAAAAUGAAUUUACAUUCAUUGGGAAGCAGCGUGCUACAGGCUGAAAAACUCAACUCCCUGCUGCAGUCUUUAGAGUGUUGCCAAGAUAUGUGGCAAGAGCUUCUUUCAUUGAGCAGCCACUUAGCUGUCCAUUUGAGUGACGCGGAAAGUUCUGGUGCUCUUCUUGCUCAGCUUGGAGAUGUCCAGGAUGAUUGGAGGCUUUUGAAAGGAAGUAUCAAGAGAGCCUUUUGGCACGCCGCUAACUCUUCAUCACAGUCCUCCCGUCUUAUGAGGGAGGCGAAACACCUAAAAGACAAAAUCGAAGCCAUCCAAGAAUCCCUCCUGUCUCAUGACACCAAAAGCACUUUUGAACUCCUUUGUCUGAGCACAAACCUAAAAAUGUGUGCCCAGCUGCAUGCUCAUCUGCAGUCCAUGUCAGAUGAGCUUUUCCAGUUUUCUGUGGGACAGAAAGAGAAGUAUGGCAUCAAACAUUACCUGGAACAAUUGGGGACCUUACUGGGAGACACCAAAACCUCCAUUUGUGAUCUUGAUGGUGUUUUUGAAGCUGGGAAACGGUUCAAAGAGUGGAUCACAUGGGCAAAGCAGAUGGAAUUCCACAUUUUGAUUGGCAAAAAGUUGUCACUUUUCCCAGAAGAAGCUUGUAUUCAGAUUGCUGAGAUGGAGAGAUAUCGGACUAAUUUAGUGACCAGAAUGUCCGAAAUGAAAAUUGGGGAAUCUUCUGACAUUGACAAUGAGGGCCAAAUGUUAAAUGCAGUAGAAAAAUUGUAUGAAACCAUCAUUGAAAGCUUGGAUUGUGUUCUCCAAACAAUGAAGACAAAUCUACAGGAAAGGGAGAAACUAUUAUCCCAGUUUGAUAGCAUUGAUUCAUGGCUAGUAGAAACAGGUGCUAAUAGAGAACCCUGUGCUCAUGUUGACAAUGUCUUGAGAGUUGAUGUCAGCUCUCUGGAGGGCAAGUUGGAAAGUCAUCAAUUGGCUGUCGCUGAUAUCAAAAAACAUCUUAACAUGGUCAAUGUUUUGGAGAAAAGAUGUAAGGACAUAGCAGAGAGCCUAAGCCCUGGAGAGAGCCGCUACCUUGUCAACAGGCUCUCUGGCAUCUGGACUGAAUUAGAUGGAUUGUUGGCACAACAGACAGCAACCAGCUGGCAUUUGGAAGAGUUGAUUCAUGAGCGUACAUCUUCUGAUGAGGAACUAGUGACUGUUGGUGAUAGUCUGAAGAACAUAACCUCUUGUUUGGACAAGCAAAGGUUCCCUAUGACACAGGAUACACUCUCAACAAUUACACUCCUGAAGCACAUGCUCAUAGAGCACCAGUGUCAAGUGCAGGAAAUUCAACACUGCAAGGAGGUGCAGCGUAGCUCUUUGCUGUGCACCAUUGGAGAAUUGCAAGACAGGUGCAAAGUCAUUAGCGUUCACGUCUUUGAGCAAGACAAGUAUCUGCAACUGAAGCAACAAAUGGAGGAUUCAAGGGACAAUGGAAAAGAGCAAAUCCAGCAGGCUAAAAAGAAGACGUUAAGUUUGGGUGAGAGGUUUCAAGUGUGCCAGGUGCUCUUAGUCGAGCUCCCAAUGAUGAAGACACAGUGUCAAGAAGCAGCAGACCAACUGGAGGUGAUAGCUCAAGAGCUCGACCCAACAAAGCUGAACUCAGAAAGGCAGGGCAUUCGGCGCACUGUGGAGAUGUUGGUCUCUUGGGAGAACGCUGCGUCAGAUGAAAUAAAACAUCUGGAAUGCCAGCUUCUUCUGGGCCUGCGAUUUUCUUCCGAACUUCCUGCUUUAAUGGACUUUUUCCAAAAAACGACAAAGGAGCUGCAAGGCAGCGAAUCGGUCCGUCCAGAUGAAAAGGCCAUCGAUGUUGCGCUGCUGCGGCGUUGGGUCAUCUGGAGAAACAUUGAGUCUGGGAUGAGAGUGUUGUAUGUUUUAGCCUGGAAAGGGAAUAUGAACCUGAAAAGUCACGGAGAGUUGCAGUUACUCCGAGAUGCUGCCAUGAAGGAAUGUCGUGAUCAGAUGGAAAGUUUGUCGAAGGCACGAGAGUCUUUAAAGGAUUACCAAUGGGCGGCUCAGGGAGCGAUUCGCUUCCUUCACAAUGCUGAAAUGACAUUUUUAUCAGCACCUGGUGGAUUUCUGGACUGUACCGAGGAGCAACAUCAGACUCAGCAGGCCAUUGAAGCCCUCGAAGAUGGAUUUCAAGCCCAUAUCCAGCACCUUGUUGAACUGGUGCCCCAACAACCCUGCCUUUCUCGUGCCAAGUCUGAAGAUCUGCACAUCAGCAUAGUCAGCCAGUUGCUGGUGGGACGAGCCAUUCUGGAGGCUCAGGCUCAGCUCAGACUGGAAUCCUUGCAAAGAUGCGAACUUCGACAGCAAAGCCACAGGGUUGGUCAUCUAGACAUACAACAACAUCUGACUGGAUUUGAAGCAAAGCUUUAUGAAUGUGCUUCAGAAGAGGUGACCUCAUAUGAUAAAUGUGCUGCACAACACAAAAGAGUUAAGGGGUUGAUGGAAGGUGUUUGCGACCUCGCCGGCAGAAUAGAAGAACUCCAAAUCAGAUGUCCCAUACGGGGUUGUGGGAUUGGAAAAGAUGGUGAACUCGGUGCCCUCUGGAGGCGCUGGGUGUCGUUGCGGCAUGGUGUUGGUCUCCUCAUGGCACACACGGAUCAGAGAGUAGAGGAAUGGAAAGACAUCACAACGAGUGUGGAGCAGUGUUGCAGCUCUCUGUCUACCCUCCAGGCCAAGGUGCCGGACUCCUCCACUGGUAUCUUCACCCAAGAUGAAGUCCGGAAGCUUCUGGCCCAGGCUGAGCAGCAGCAGGUUAGUCUGGAACAAGAGCGUCAAGCUUUGGCCUCCCUGGAGCACAGGCUGGAACACGCCUUGAGCUUAACCACCUCUAAAGAGGCCAGCAGACUACCUGGUCCCUUUGGCGAAACACUUGUGAAGAUUCAAGAAAACAUUACACGUUUGAAGGAAAGAAACCUCCAUGUGAUAGCUGUUGCCCAGAUGGAAGAGAAGGAGCGACAACAGGUUGAGGAGAAGAUAGAAGAGGUGGAGAAAAACGUAUUCACCAUCCUCUCCAUGUUGGACACCAACAUGAGUUCACAACAACACCAGGAGGUCAGAGAAGAUAUGUCCGCCCAGAAGACCAGGCUGAAGUGCAUUGUGGAAAAUGUGCGGCGACAGUAUACGGACAUUCCUUCGGAUAUUGGCAAGCAAAUACAAAUCGUUGAAGAGUCUGUGCAGGCAGCUGAGAAGAAGAUAUUGGGGCAGAAUGUCGCAGUUCGAAAACUGGCUACUCAAGUGGGAGAUUUGACAAGUGGCCUGGAGCAAGUGAAGGCAUCGCUAAAGCAAAUGAGUUCCACUGUCACAGAGGCUCAAAAUAAUCAAAAACAUGUGUGGAACAAGCUGGACUCAUGUCACAGUCACUUGAUGCUGCUGGAGAGUGAGGUGCAGGAUCUUGUGGAACAGCAACCAGACCAAGCACACCUCUUCAUGGACCAACUGACGCAUCCGCAGCAGCUCUACCAAGACGCGGCACGGAUGGCCGAGCAGCGCACUGCUUUCCUCAACAAGAUUCCCACCUGUCUUCAAGAGUUCGAAGACCUUCUGUGCAGCGCCACACGUUGGUUAGGUGAGGCCCCAGCAUGGCUAAGUACUACCUGCUUAGACUUGACAGCCAGAGGCCUCCAGAGUCACGCAAACUCCCUUCAGUUGGUGUUGGAUGAUUCCACAAGAAUCAGGAGCACUCUGAAAGACUACAGGCCAGUGUUGGCCGAGAUCUCUACUGUGUGUGACCUCAGUGCACAGGAGGAGCAUAUGGACAGCAUGGACCAACAGGUUGAAAAGAUGCAAAAGAACAUUCUGGAGAACCUAGAGAAACUCCUGGAAGAUGUCAGGGUAGUGGAAGCCUUGGAAGAUGAGCUGGAGACACUAGAGGAAAAUGUCUCCAAAAUUAGGACAAUUUUAUCCUCUAUGGACAACGCAAGCAUCACCUUGACAGAGCAUCUUAACAACCAGCAGGUGAUCCUAGACAACGUCCACUCUAUGCAUAAGACAUUACACGACAUGGAAAGCUACAAAGAGGAUUUACACCUCUCACAGGAGACAAAGGAGAGUUCGGUACUGUUCACCAGGAUAGGAGUUCUCCAGCAGGUCCUGAAAGAGUUGGAGCAGCUCACCAAACAACAAGCCAUUCUAAUUCAGCACAACGUACGGGAAGAUCAAGGAAGAGAAGGUCACGACAUUGCCCUCAGCUCCGAACCUUGUGCAGAAGUGUCACACGUGACUGGAUCUCUACAAGGAUACUUUGGACAGGAGGCUUUUGAGGAUUCAAAUUCAGAGGAAGACGAAGAUGAAAGUUGUCACUCGUCGUCCUCUGACACACUAACAUGCAGUAUUCCAGAGGACCCAGACGACAUGCUCUACGCUUCAGAGGUGCAAAGUGGCGACAUGGCUGAAAGGAAUGCCCCAUCUAUCGUUAAGGACCUGGUCUCUGUAUCUGGAAGAUUUGGUUCCGAAGUAGAGACGGAAAGUGAUGAAAAGCCUGGGCACGACUCCAAGAACGAGGAGCUGGGAAAUGAACAAAAUGGAUUAACAAUGUCAGAAUCCAGAUUGGACACUGAAGCCAUUUGUGAAAUACUGAGACCCAAAGCUGCAUCACUGGACACCAUUGAAGACCAUUUCGCUGCACAUAACCAAUGCCCACCACCAACAUGUGACACAUUUCCCCAUGCCAAAGAUGCACAGUCUAUAGUGCAGGACAUCAGGGCUGUCACUAUGCCUUCAGCCACAGUUACACAUCCAGCUCUGGAACCAAGUGAUUGUAAAGCGGAGGACAAUCAAAAAGCCAAGGCGCCUUCAGCCGUUUCUAUCUUAUUGGCCGAGACUAACAUGGAUGACACAGAGGAACAAAAGUGGAGUCGUCUUCACAACCAAAUCUUUCAGAAACUGCAAACCCUGGAGAAAGUCAAAGAGGAGCACCAAACAGUCACAGUUGAGAUGGUUCCAGAAGAAGAGCUGCUGUCUAUUGGCUCCACUUCUGCUGUUCUCCAGCAUGCAAACGAGUCCAUCAACAUGCUCAGUAAAAUAGUGACCUCUUCAGAUGACUCGUGCGUUAAAGAGCAGUUAUACUUGGCUUCCCGAAGGGUUCUUUUGUGUCUGGACCCUUUGACAGACCUUCUGUUGACCCCUGGAGGUGCAGGGGAUGAAGAAAACACCCAGCUGAGGAUGUUACAACAUGAGUGUGUGUCAGUCGAGCUGUUGAAUCUUGCUGAAAUGCUGCAAGAUGUGGAGUCAAAAAGUAGUCGUGAAGAACCAGACGUUCUCAGAGGUAUAACGUCCCUUCAAAAAUGUCUACAAACUGGCCAGACGGUCCUCACGUCUGUCAACCAUCAAUCCAAAGAACACAAACGCCAACAUCAGGAGCUCUUCUCCCACCGGCUGGGUUUUAUGGAGGAUAUUCAACUGAAGCAUAAUGAGAUUUUCUCAAGUCUACUGGAAACUCCCUAUCUAGAGCAGUGUGUGCUUGGCAGACAUGUGAGAGAGGAUUCAGUAGAAAAUACAAUGAUGCAGAAGGCGUCCCUCUCCUUACUUCGUGGACUAAGUAGCCUUCUGGAUUUUGGUGAAGAAUGCCUUGCUGAGGAGCAGGCAAGACCUGCUCAAAACAUCAGCCAACUGCAAGCUCAUCUUCGCAGAAACAAGAAGUUGCAGCAAGUCCUUGGUGCUCAGCUGGCUCUUGUGCAACAUUUAUUCCAUCGUGAGCUGGUAGCACCACAGGGUCAAGAGGAUGAGCGAGUGGAGGUUCGAGCCAAAGCUUUGCAGCAGCAGUUUCUACAACAGGAAGGGGCUUCUCAAUGGAGGCUGCAGGAGUGGAUCCGCUGGGAGGAUAAUUGCGGUCAGCUUGGGAGGCUGCUUGACAAGCUCGAAGUCUCCGUCAGUAGUGCAGAAGCAGCGAAAGACGAUGAGGAGGAGUCCUUUGUACAACACAGACUGCAUGCCUGCCAGCAAAUUCUGGUCCACUUGGACGGGAGCAGAGGUGCUCUGGGACUGUUCCUGGAUCAGAGAUGUGAGCUGCGAGCAGAUCCGUUGUUUGCGCCCACAGUCAUUCAGGCAGGUGGCGCUCUGGAGCUGCGUUGGCGGAGUGUGUACAGCCGGACGGAGCAUGAGGUUCAGCGCUGCAGCGACAUCCGGGACACCUGGAUCAGAUUCCAGACACAUUUUGCCUCCGUUAGUAAAUGGUUGCUUGACAGCAACAAACAACUGAAGAUUUGCCGCAGUCCUGCUGAGUCGAACCAGGAGAGCGUUUGCAGGGGUCUCCUGCAGCUGCUGGACUUCUCCAGAGAGAUGGAGGCCGCGUCUAUUCACAAAGAAUCGGCGUCCAGAGAAGCUGCUCGGCUGCUUCGUUUGAAGGAAACUGAAUGUCCUCGUCUGAGAGCUCGUCUCACGAAGCUGGAGUCCGGCUGGUGCAAGCUCACCGCUGAAGUGACAAAUAUCCAAGACCAGCUGCAAAAGAAGCUGCUCCUUGCGUGGCCACCUCUGAAGCUGCUGUCUGACUUGGCGUCCUGGCUCAAGAAGGCGGAGCUCCAGCUGAACCAGCACAAAGAAGAGGACCACAAGGACACAGAUGCUGUUCAGAUCACUACGACCCUGCAGCACUACCAGGCAUUAAAGGCAUCUUUGGUCGACGGGCAGCUUCUUUUGGAUUUUCUCUCCCAAACUGGUCCUCGAGCCGUGGAAGUGGAUGUCCAGCCUCUUUGUUCUGAGCGGACAAUGUAUGCCGAGCAACUUGGUGCUCUCAGACGAGAGUGGCUUCACCUGCAAGGGUCGCUGGAGAGCCAGAUUCGUGCAGAUGCUCAGGUCCGUCACACUUUGGCAGCGCGAGAGCAACUGUUGCAGCGUCUUUGUCGCUCGGUCGAAAAGCAGAGAAAGCAUCUGAAUCAGUGGAAACAGUCCAAGAGUCAAACGCUGACUCGUCAGAUUCUGAAGGAGUGGGAGUUUGUUGUUGGAAGAGUAAAGGAGGUUUCUGCAGCUUUGCAGAGCCUGAAAGCCUCACGUGUUUUAGCUGAAAAAGAGCACCCACGUGAUGUUACGUUUUGGGAACAGGCUGAGACUGUCAGCCAGGCUUGUGAGGAUCUCAGUCUGCAGAUCCAAGCGCUGCAUUCAGCCUUGCAGUUGGAUGAGAAAGAAUGGUCUUGUUUGGAAAAAAAUCUGAGGGAGGUUUCUUUGUGUGCCAGUAAGGUGCGCUCUAUCCUGCAGCUUCACCGAACACAUCUGUUUUCCCUGAAGCAGACAGAAGAUCACAUGGGGUGCAUUCAGCAACUGCAAGAGAUGGUCCUAAAAGGGGAACUGCUUUGGGACGAUAUCAACAAAUCAUUUCAGAAUCUUGACGGUAGAACAUCUCUAUUGCUCUGUGAUCGAGUGGAACAAGAGCGAAAGCGGUGGAAGAACGUGUUGGACGAGUUGAUGGACGUAGAGAAGAAGACUUUGCAGACCUUGGCCCUCUGGCAGCAGUACGAUCACACUUCCAAAAAAUGCUCCCUUCAGCUGGAACGUCUGCAGCAUCACUUCUCCUCGUUGCCUCGACGGGAACCGCAGGUUACCGUCCUCUCAGUGGAGAAAUUGCAGAAUUCUGCAAAAGAACUACAAAGCGGUGUGGCAGAAGUUCUGGCCUUGUCAAAGAUUCUCGUUGGAAGUCUACAACCUUUGGCUGCGAAUUCGGUCCAAUCGGCAAGCAGGCUGCUGUCGCUUGAGUUCCUCCUAUUGAACCAGACGAUGGCCGAUGCAAAGAAAAAUCUUCAGGAAGAUGUGGACAACCACAAACGCUUUCACAUGCAGCUGGAAGCUCUCGAACAGCAGACAAUACUGCAUGGAGAAGACUCUUGCAUAAAUGACAAAGACGUAGUGAAGCAGGAACUCUUAAAACUUGUUGAACUGCUUCCGUCACUGGUUAAUGUCAGCGAGAUGAGCGACUAUGUGAGCCUCAGCAAACAGGAGACCGAGACAGUCCAAAUGCUCAGCAACCAAUGGACCAAAAAUGUAACUCGCGUGUCUUUUGUACACAGAACUCUGCAACGUGGUCGCCAGCAGUCCCAAAACUUUCACCAGAAGUGUAAGGAGCUGACGUCUAUCCUGGAGGUGCUGGAGUCAGAACCUCAGAGUGGUUUCAACCUCCAGGAGAUGAUCGCUGUCCACCAGAGGCGUCAGAUUGAAAUGAUUACUGGACAAGAACUUCUCCAAAGUCUUCUCUGCGAUGCAGUGAAGUCCAUGGAAAUGCCAACAGGGGAGAGAAAAUCUGAGUUGAUGACACAAGUGGUCCAUCUGAGAGGGAGGUGGUUCAGGUCUGUGUCGCUGGCUAGCCAGCACUGGGCUUCAACAAGAGAACAGAUCUACCAAUGGAGGAUCUAUAAACGUGGAAAGAAGUUUCUGUGGAAGACACUGAGUGCUGUUGACAACCUGCUGUCCCCCCUUCACCCUUUACUCGUCACAUUACCACGGCUUCAGGGCCUUGCUGAUGGAUGCCAGUGUGUUGAAGAAGCUGUGGAGCUCCUCCAGUCCAAGUUCACAGAAACUAUGGAGGCUGGCAGAUGUUUGUGUGAGACCACGUCGGAAUCGGAUCGUCUGAAGUCUGAGAUGCAGACCACAGAAAAGGCCUGGAAACGCACCAACUCACUGCUAGAGAAGAGGAGAGUACUGGUUGGCGCUACUGUUGAGGACUGGCGCCAGUGUCAGGAGGGCAUAAGCAGCAUCAUGUCUGAGCUGGAGGAGCUGAGAGGCCAGUUGAACAGGCAGCUGGUUGCAAAGAUGGACAAGUCUGAGGAAGAAGAGCUCAUUCAGAAGACGGACCUCUCUUUGCGCCAUCUCGCUGAUGGAUUAAAGGACCUGGCCUCCAUGAAGACCGACCUGUCCCAGUACGUGGUUGCGGGCGACUGCGCUGUGCUGGAGCAGCAGCUGGAGCAACUCCACAUCCAGUGGGAAGAGUUGUGCACCAAGGUGUCCUUACGCAGACAGGAAGUUGCAGACCGCCUCAGCGCCUGGACUAUUUUUAAUGACAAAAACAAGGAGUUCUGUGAUUGGCUCACCCAGAUGGAGAAGAAGGUGUGCCACAGUGCAGAGCUCAGCAUUGAGGAAAUGGUGGAGAAACUCAAAAAGGAUUGCAUGGAGGAAAUCAAUUUGUUCAGUGAGAAUAAAAGCCACCUGAAGCAGCUGGGGGAGCAGCUGCUCCUAGCCAGCGACGAGGCCAAGCAGACCCAAGUGCGCGGCUCUCUGGAGGAAGUGAACCAGCGAUGGCACAACCUCUUCCAUCACAUUGAAGCCAGGGUGAGGAAGUUGAAGGACACUUUGGUUACCGUUCAGCAGUUGGACAAAAACAUGAGUAACAUCCAUUCCUGGCUUUGCCGCGUUGAGGCCGAGCUCUCCAGGCCCAUCACCUACAGCGUGUGUCACCAUCAGGAGAUCCAAAGGAGACUGGCUGAGCACCAGGAGCUGCAGCGGGACAUCGAACAGCACACAGAGGGCGUGGCAUCGGUGCUGAGCCUGUGCAACGUUUUGCUGGGGGACGAAGAUGCCGCCGGCUCCACCGAGGCGGAAAUCGACUUGCUGCAGACGACCAGUCGCAGCCUGGACCAGCGCUGGGGGACCAUCUGCGCCAUGGCUCUGGAGAGGAGGCUCAGAAUUGAGGAAACAUGGAGGCUGUGGUGCAAGUUCCUGGAAGACUAUUCGCGGUUCGAGGAUUGGCUCAAGAUGGCCGAGUACACUGCUGCCAACCCCAACUCGGGAGAUGUUCUUUAUUCCGUCGCAAAGGACGAGCUUAAGAAGUUUGAGAGUUUUCAAAGACAGGUCCACGAGCGGCUGACCCAGUUAGAACUGGUCAACAACCAGUACCGCCGCCUGGCCAGGGAGAACCGUACCGACCGCGCCAUCCAGCUCAAAGCUAUGGUCCAUGAGGGCAACCGACGCUGGGACACCCUGCACCGCCGUGUGACUGCCAUCCUCCGCAGGCUCAGGCAUUUUACCAACCAGAGGGAAGAAUUUGAAAGCACCAGAGAGAGCAUGUUGGUGUGGCUUACAGAACUGGACUUGCAGCUGACCAAUGUGGAACACUUCUCCGAGAGCGAUGUCCAUCACAAGAUACAAAAGCUUAGCAGUUUUCAGAAGGAGAUCACCAUCAACACAGAGCGCAUAGACGGGCUGAUAGUGUUUGGAGAAAGUCUGAUCCAGAGGAGCUCACCCCCGGACGCUGCGCUGAUAGAAGACGAGCUGGAGGAGCUUCACUCCUACUGCCAGGAAGUUUUCGGCCGGCUGGUCCGCUUCCAUCAGCGUCUCAGCCAACCUCCAAUCCUCACAGAACCAGAGCUCCCUGGCACCAGCUUUUCUUUGGAGUCCAGCUUGGAACUGAUUUGUCGGCCCUUGCUCGGGCGCAGCCAAGGGAGCCUCCCAAACACGCCCUUGCACCUGCUGGCCUCGCCCCUGGAGCAUUCUGGGCGGGAGACACCGGUCAGCGUGGACUCGCUACCCUUAGAAUGGGACCACACCGGGGAUGUCGGAGGGUCGUCGUCCCAUGAGGACGAGGAGCAGGAGGGACGGGAAGAAAAUGAAAUUUACUUGAGUGCAUUGUCAGUAUCGGGCCGGUCAAUGUCUGCCUAUGAAAGUCCCAGAUGGCAGUCAACAGGAGGCGACAUGGACGCAUGUGAAGUUGUGGCGUUACCCACCCUCACCAGCACCCCUCGAAAGCAGGGUUAUUUGCAUCAGUUGUCCCAAUGCAGUGACAACAUUGAGGACGUUAAACAAGUUUCUCUGAUCCUGGCUGACGAGGAGCAGCCUGAGAUUGGUCUGAUCAGCUUGGCCGCCUCAGGCAAACAAACAGACGUGAUUGAACGCUGGGAGCUGCUCCACGCUCAGUCUAUGAACGAACAACGCGAUGGCCUGCCGGAGUCCCAAAAUGUCACGUCCAACCUCAACGACGUCGUUUCCUGGUUGGACAACAUCCAUCCGGAACUGGACCGCCUCCUGCAGUCGCGCCCGAGCAACAAGAUGGCUGACAUGGCGGCCAGAGCUAAGGAGCUGAAGGAGUUGCAGAAGAUGUUUUCUCGCUACAAGCCUGUCAUGUUGUCCGUCAACCUGCGGGCUCUGGAAGUCCCCGAGCAGCAGGAGAGCCUCGCCAGUUUGAACCAAGCUUGGAGUCGAGCUUCUACGGUUCUUCAGCGGUGGGACGCCAGUCUGCGAAAGACUCUGAUGCGUUGCCAGGAGUUCCACAAGAGCCUCCACUCUCUGCUGCUGUGGUUGGCCAUCGCCGACAAGAAACGCUACGCGGUGGACAUCCGGCACCCAGAAACACCCGUGCAGGCUCUCCGACUGCACCGCCACACGCUCACUGUCUUGCAGGAGGAGCUGCUGGAGAGGCUGACCCAUCAGGCGUCCCUGCAGGCUCUGUGGUCUCAGCUGCAGCCAGACCCAGGAGCGGACGGCAGCGACGAGGCCCGGGAGAAGCUUCACGUGACGGGCGCCAAACUCAAGCUGCUCCUGAAGGACGUGUCUGAGGACCUGAGCAUCCUCCGACAACGCCGCCUGGAUUCAAGUAAUCAAGAGGAGUUGACGCAAACCAAAAAAUCCACCAAAAGGAGGAAGUCGUCGCAGCCGCGCUCCUUCCUGUACCGCGUGCUGAGAGCCGCCGCCCCCUUCCACCUGCUGCUGCUGCUCCUGCUGCUGCUGCCGUGUAUGCUCCCUCGCUCCGAGAGAGAGGGCAGCUGCGCCCGCGCCAACAACCUGGCGCGCUCCUUCCACCCCAUGUUGCACUACACCAACGGCUCGCCGCCCACAUGAGGCCCCCUGCCACUUCCUGUCCCGUGGAGGGGAACUCGCCAAGUGGGUUUGUGUAUUUUUCAUAUAGACUAAAGUAUUGGGUCACCACCAUGUGGGGUGAAAUCCAUUUUACACGCCACGCUAAUUUCAUUCUCUAAACUGGGAUGCUAACAUAUCGCUCCAUCCAUCAGUGAGGUCACUUUAAACCCUGAGUGAAUAGUUUUUUUUUGCAGCAACUUGCUUUUGUCAUAUAGAGGAUCUUUGACUGGCGUUUUUACUGUAAGCGAAUGCGCUUAAACAGCAGAGCACUCCUGUCAUAUUAAGGAUAUUUUCUGUUUUCAAAGACAUACUGGUAAAAACACAGUGAUCCUGUCGUAUAGAGGAUCUUUGAUUAGUGUUCUUGCAGCACAUCUGAACAUUCUCAAACAUCAAAGCACUCCUAUUAAAAAAAAAACCUACUCAAAGUGAACCUGUUGAAUAGAGGAUCUUUGAUUGUUUUUGUCAGUACGUCCUUAAAAACCAGAGCACUCCUGUCAUUUUAGGGAUGUUUGCUGUUUUUGAGUACAUACUAGAAACUGUUACAUAGAGAACUGUUUUUGCAGUACUUGCAGCACUCCUACUAGGGAAAAAAAAUCCAAUCAGGAGUGCUCUUGUUUUUUUAAAGACAGAGUGAUCCUUUCCCUUUAGAAGAUCUUUGACUGGUGUUUUUUGAUUGCCUUUGCUGUUUUUAAGGACAUCCUGGAAACGCACUUAUAUCCUGUUAUAUAGUGGAUUUUUGAUUAGUGUUUUUGCAGUAUGUCCUUAAAAACAGCUUUGUUUAGUGUUUUUGCAGUACCUGAAUGCCCUUAAACAGCAGAGCACUCCUGUCACAUUAAGGAUAUUUUCCGUUUUUAAGGACAUUCUGGUAAAAACACAGUGAUCCUGUCAUAUAGAGGAUCUUUGAUUAGUGUUCUUGCAGCACAUCUGAACAUUCUCAAACAGCAAAGUACUUCUAUCAAAAAACACUGGUCAAAGUGAACUUGUUAAAUAGAGGAUCUUUGAUUAGUGUUUUUGUCAUUACGUACUUAAAAACCACAGAGCACUCCUGUCAUUUUAGGGAUCUUUGCUGUUUUUAAGUACAUACUAGAAACUGUUACAUAGAGGAUCUUUGAGAAGGGUUUUUGCAGUACCUGAAUGUCCUCAAACAGCAGAGCACUCCUGUCAUUGAGGAUUUUUGAUUAGUGUUUUUGCCAUAUGUCCUUAAAAACAAGAGCACUCUAGUCAUAAGGAUCUUUGAUAAGGAUUUGUCCACUAUGUCUUCCCUGCUUGACACUCAGCAUUAAAGGUUGGAAUAGGGGUUAAAUCACCUUAAAUGAUUCCCGGGCGUGGCCAUUGCUACUGCUCCCCUGACCUCCCAGGGGGUGAUCAAGGGUGAUGGGUCAAAUGUAGAGAAUAAUUUCGCCACAUCUCGUAUGUGUGUGACAAUCAUUGGUACUUUAACUUUAAAAACAGCAGAAUGAUCCUGGUAUAUGAAGGAUCUUUGGUGUUUUUUUGAAAGACGUAGUGGAAAAACACUAGUCGCAGUAAUCCUGUCGUAUAGAAGAUCUUUGACUAGUGUUAUGUCUUUUAAAAGAAGGCUCUUUUUUUAGUGUUUUGCUGUGCUACAUUAACAGUGAUCCUAUUAUAAAGAGGAUCUUUGAUUGUUUUUGCAGAGUGCUCCUGUCCUAUGCAGUACGUCCCUAAAACCAAGACAGUUCCUGUCAUUUGGAGGAUCUCUGGUUUGUGUUAAAGACAAACUGCACAAAAGAUGUGCCAAAUGACAGCAGCAGACUGCUGUUUCUAAGAGCGUACUGCAAAAACGCGAGUCAAAGAUCCUUAUAGUGACAGGAACACUUGUCAUGUAGAGGAUCUUUGACUAGAAUCAUUUCGGACUAACAAAUGCAGGACUAUAAAAUCUUGGCCAAAUAAAAAGUGAUGAGAGAAUCAGCCCACCUGCUACUUACCUUUCUAAUAAUGUGCUUCCCAGAAUGAUUUAAUGGCAUGAAAACAUGUCAAUACACACAUUUUGGUUUUGUUCCAAUACCACAAUCAUGUAUUUAUUUGUGAACCGUGUGCAUUUAAAAACACUGACAAGAAACAUGGACAAGCAUCACUAGUGUCUAUGUAACAUUUCUGCUUAUUUGACGUCAAAUAAGCAAAUCACAGUGAAGAGAACUGUUUUGUUAGCACUUCUGAAGACUAUUUUUUUGCCAGGUGAUUGAUUACCAGUCCUCACAUGUUACUCAUUUAAAAAACACCAUGUAAGAAGCGGUCACAUUAGAAUAGCACACAGUUGGUACAAAUGUUCAAUCUUCAUUGCCGCCCCCCCCCCCCCCCCCCCCCCGCCCACUCCCCCUUUUCCCCACAAUACAUUUAGUGAAAAAAUGACAUAUUAACAACACGCACAAAAGCUGCAAGAAAAUACAAAAAUAUUUUUUUUUUCUUUGAGUGCAACUUUGUCGUAAAGCGCAGUAGUGGUUACAAACUCCACACACAGAAAAAGCCACAAUCAGAUAAACUUGUACAGCGAAAGCAAAAAGUAUGGGUUAUGAAAUAUUAAAGUGCCCUCAAGUAGUGUCACUGAAGUAAUGCUUCUUCAAAUUCAGAACAAAGCACGUUUUGAUAAAAACUACUUCCUAGUGUUAGUCAUUUAUUACGGACUUUGAAUAGGACUUUUUUAUAGUGAACUCUUCCGAAAACAAGCCAAUAGGAAAUGUGACAAAAGGUGUACUAUCAAGUAGGGGUGUAACGGUACACAAAAAUUUCAGUUCGGUACGUACCUCGGUUUAGAGGUCACGGUUCGGUUCAUUUUCAGUACAGUAAGAAAACAACAAAAUAUACAUUUUUUGAUUAAAUAACCAUAUUUGUAAACAAUGGCUUUAUCCUUUUAACAUUGGGAACACAAUAAUAAUUCUGCCCAUGUUAAUCCACAUUAAACUGCCUCAAGUUGUUGCUUUGAUUAAAUAAAAUGACAAAACCUUUUUUCUAAAAAUAAAAAGUGCAACAUUGAACAGUUUCAAGUCAACUCAUCAUGCUUAAUUUAUUACAGCAUUUGGGAAGCCUGUAGCUGACUUUUAUUAUGUAAAUGUUAUAUUUUUGUCAACAUGUGAUCACAGGGACCCUGCCAUUCAAAAGUAGGCUGCUACAUUACUAAUGAAUAAUAUAACUAUAGCUGAAACAAUAGUACAAUAGCAAUAGGAGAGACUAUUCAUCCCUGUACACCAUAGACUUCAUGUUAGUUCAUGUGAAAUAACAGGGCUUUGCCCCUCACACAAACAGCAACAUGAGCUAACGUUACGCUAAAAGCUAAUUAGCCUUCACCUCAAGCCAGAACUGCGAGCGAGCUGAGCUGCAGUUUAAGUUUCUAGAAGGUCAACGGGCUCAUAGUGAUGCUAGUAGUAGUUGUGACUGGGAAGUGUUUUUUAUAAUUUGGGGAGUACGAUGUCCGCUGCUAAACACAUAUCUGCUCGAUGCUGAAGCAUUGACAACAUGCGUUCUGAAUAGGCUCUGCUGAUUGGCUGUUACAUCGCUCUGAAUACGCAUAGCUGAUUGGCUAUGUAUGUAACCAAUAAGAUGGUUGUGUGGGCGGGACAAUGCUGGGUGCUCAGACAGAGGCAGAAAGCAGAGCAGCUUUUUAAGACUUUAGCUUACAAACUCAUUCGUUACACCUCCGAACGGGACCGAAAUCCCUGUACCGAAACGGUUCAAUACAAAUACACAUACCGUUACACCCCUACUAUCAAGUCAUCACCAUUAUUAGUGGUGCUCGGAAAAAAUCGAUUAACAUCCAAAUCCUGUUAUUUAUUUCGUUUUUACCUUAAUUAUUUUUUCUUUUUUAUUACGUUUUUAUGUAAUCGCUGCGCCUACUUACGUAUACAAGCUUUGUAGGCUGUUUGGAAAAGGUUUUAUUAUUAUUUACACUAAAUACAUGACAAAAUCAGUUUAAAUUGAAUCAAAUCGUGCGAUUUUGAGAGAUAGAGAGACAUUCCUUCUAAUUAUAAUAUCGCUCUGAAAAGAAAGCGCGUGCUAGCAGAAGUCUUAUUGAACCGGAUAUAAGAUUUUAUAUCGAGGAUGCGGAUAAUUUAUGCAGAGCAACAGGUGGUGCUAGAAAAAGGCCACGAGUCACACAGCAGUGACCUGGACACAUGCAGUAUAAAGUGUUGCAAAGGUUGUGAGCAAGCUAAUGAUGCUAAAUUGAAGAUCAUUAAAGUCAGGUGUGGCGCGGCUAUCUAAGUUUUAUCUACGGGUUGAUUAGUAUCUACAACGUGCGGCCCUCUGCUAGCCGUUAAGGUACAAACGCAGGUUUAAGGCACCGUUUUUAGUGGCUAACUAUGAUCAGAUCUUCAUUUUGAUUUAGUCUAUGGAUGACAAAGGCACACGUCGUUAAGUACAAUUAAUCAAUUCAAUUAGUCUCAGGCUGUGUGGUCUACAAAACGACCACUGAGGUGUUGAAAAACAUUGGUAUUUAAUAGCUGUGGCUGUGGGAAACCCUCCGGGUAUAGCUAUGAACUUCACUAGAAUGACAGUAGCUGCUUUUUGAGCAUCAAACUGUCAGCAUCGAGUGCAGUGAUUCUCAAACUGUGCCAAAGAAUCCAUCAAACAUUCAAACACAGUGUUACUGUUCAUACUUUGUGUACCAAAAGUAUUAAAUGUACUUGAGUAAAA